AUGAAGCUUGGUAUGGAUUUGGUGUAUGUCUUGGCGUUGAUUAUUUCUACUGAAGCUGUGGAAUUCGACAUCCAAGGAUAUGUCAUAUUUUGUCCGUGUAUGGGUCGUUUCGGCAAUCAAGUUGAUCAACUUCUUGGAGUCAUGCAUUUUACACGUACACUUAAUAGGACGCUGGUGCUGCCAAACUUCAUCGAAUACCCCUUUCCAAAUACGGUUCUGAGACCGUUUGAAAGUGUUUUUCAAGUUGCUGGAAUAAGGAGCUAUCUCAGAGUUGUCAGAAUGCUGGACUUUACAAGAGAUAUCAUGGAUAUCUUAUGGCCAAAAGAAAACCGAACUGCACUAUGUUGGAGUCCUCACACCUCAAUUUACGACGCGAAUGCACCCGUCGGCUGCCACGCUAAAGAAGGGAAUCCUUUCGGUCUCUACUGGGAUUCGAUCGGCAUUUCCUUCACCAAAGAUGCGUAUUUUGGAGAAUUGGGCUAUGACUUGACCUUAGGAGGUUCAAGAACUGCUUGGAAUGAAAGAUUUCCUGUAUCUGAUUUUCCCGUGCUGGCGUUUGCGUCUCCUCCAGCCCCUUUCCCCUCUCGUUCGUUCACAUGGCAAUUGCAAAGAUACCUGAAAUGGAAUUCGCGCAUUGCGGGGAAAGCAGACGAAUUCAUUAGGAAGGAACUGUCCAGCCCUUUUGUUGCUAUACAUCUCCGCAAUGAUAAAGACUGGUACGUCCGGACGAUUGAGUACCCGCAUGUUUGCGAACACUUGCCGUCCGAUUCUACACGUCAACCUCUUUUCGCGUCUAUGCAGUGUGACACCGAAGAGGAUUACGAUGGAGUACUCACUAAGGAAAUGUGCUCGCCUUCGAAGACAACUAUUGUUGAACAGGUUGUAGAGACGGUAGGAACAAUCGGAGCACGUUCUGUAUUCGUUGCCAGCGAUAAAGACCACAUGAUUGAAGAUCUUAACAAAGCCCUUAGGGGUUAUGAGGUAAAAGCACAUCGGCUGAAUCCUGACGAUCCUUUGCUGUCGCUAGCUGUUCUGGCAAAAGCCGAUCACUUCAUUGGUAACUGUGUGUCUACGUUCUCACAUUUAGCAAAACGGGAAAGGGACACUAAAAAGCCUCCGAAACCCACUUCAUACUUUGGCAUUCGUCGUCGUACCAAACGUAUCGAAUUAUAA